GCCUGUCUGCGGCUGCGCGCGCGCGCGCUCCCCUGCUUCUGGGAUCUGGGUGGACUUCCAGGGGACCAGAGUUGGGAGCCUGUGGUGUGUUCGCUGGGCGGUGCGGGGGCCGCGAUCGGAGGGCCCGGCGACAUCUGAAGGUCCAGGCCGCCUUUGCCCAGAGGGUGGCGGCCAGGAGUGAUGGUGCCCCUCGGGGAGAGGAGCGAUGACCCUGUGCUGCCGGACCCGCCCCAGGGGCCCCUGCACGUGGCCCGCGCCCGCGCUUCAUUCCCCUGGAAGGAGCUGGCGUUGUUCUGGGAGGGCAAGGACACGCUGCGCUUCAAGAAAACCAUCUUCUCAGCUCUGGAGAACGACCCCCUCUUCGCCCAUCCCCGCGGCAGCCUGCUCUCCGUGGAGAAGUACCAGGAGCUGAACUUCCUGCGCUGUAAGAGGGUCUUCGAGUACGACUUCCUCCCCGUGGGGGACAUGCUAGGCAGCCUGCCGAAGGUCCUGGCGCUGAUCGAAUGCCUGGGCAUGUACGACUGGUCCCUGGCCACCAAGUUCAUCCUGCACUUGCUGACUUUUGGAUCCGCGAUUUACAGCUCCGGUUCUGAACGACACUUCAGAUACCUUCCAAAGAUCUUCAGUAUGGAGAUUUUUGGAUGUUUUGCUCUGACGGAAGUGAGUCAUGGGAGUAACACCAAGGGCAUGCGGACGACCGCUCACUACGACCCCACCACCCAGGAAUUCAUCAUCCAUUCCCCCGAUUUCGAAGCCGCCAAGUUCUGGGUUGGCAACAUGGGCAAGACCGCCACCCACGCAGUGGUGUUUGCUCAGCUGUACACGCCGGGGGGCCGGUGCCAUGGGCUGCACCCCUUUCUCGUGCAGAUUCGGGACCCAAAGACCCUUCUUCCCAUGCCAGGAGUGAUGGUCGGCGACAUCGGGAAGAAGCUGGGGCAGAACGGCCUGGACAACGGGUUUGCCAUGUUCCACAAGGUCAGGAUUCCACGCCAGGACCUGCUGAACCGCUCGGGAGACGUCACCCCUGAGGGCGCCUACGUCACCCACGUCAAGGACGUGGGGCAGCGCUUCAGAGAGUCCCUGGGCAGCCUGUCGGCCAACCGGGUCGCCAUCGUGGGCAUGUCCGUCGCGAACCUGAAGCUGGCCGUGUCCAUCGCUCUGCGCUUCUCGGCCACCAGGCGUCAGUUCGGGCCGACGGGCAAGGAGGAAGUCCCAGUGCUGGAGUACCCGAUGCAGCAAUGGCGCUUACUGCCAUACCUGGCCGCCACCUACGCCUUGGACCACUUUUCCAAAUCGCUCUUCCUAGAUCUGGGGGAGCUUCAGCAAGGACUCCUGGGGAAAGACCGGAGCGUCAGGCAGGCAGAGCUGGGACGCGAGAUCCAUGCCUUGUCAUCGGCCGGCAAGCCCCUGGCCUCGUGGACGGCCCAGCGGGGGAUCCAGGAGUGCCGCGAGGCGUGUGGAGGACACGGCUACCUGGCCAUGAACCGUCUGGGCGACCUCAGAGACGACAACGACCCCAACUGCACAUACGAAGGCGACAACAACGUCCUGCUGCAGCAGACCAGCAACUACCUGCUUGGCCUGCUGGCUCGCCGGGACCAAGGCGGUGCCCGCAUCGAGAGCCCCCUGAAGACCGUGGACUUCCUGGACGCCUAUCCAGACAUCCUUGGCAGGAGGUUUGAGGGCUCCAGCCCCGACGACUUGUUGGACUCCUCAGCCCCGCUGGCGGCAUACGAGUGGCUGGUCUGCUACCUGCUCAGGGAGAGCUACCAGAGGCUCAGUCAAGAGAAACGCUCAGGAAAAAGCGACUUCGAAGCCAGAAACAACUGUCAGGUGUACCACUGCCGGCCCUUGGCCCUGGCUUUCCUGGAGCUCACGGUUGUGCGCAGGUUCCACGAGCACGCGCACCAGCCCCGCGUGCCGCCCCCGCUGCGGGCCGUGCUCCGGCGGCUCAGCGCCCUCUACGCAGUGUGGUCCCUGGGCCAGCACACCGCGCUGCUCUACCGAGGUGGAUACUGCUCCGGUGAGCGUGCGGGCAAAGCGAUAGAGAGCGCAGUCCUGGCCCUGUGUGCACAGCUGAAAGAUGAUGCUGUUGCCCUGGUGGACGUCAUCGCCCCUCUGGACUUCAUCCUGGACUCACCGAUUGGCAGAGCCGACGGCGAGGAAGUGGAGCUCCCAGGCUGCCUGGCCCUGUGCGGGGUUUGUCCCACGCUUCUGCACACUGUCCACCCUCAGGCCCGAGCGCCCUGCGGACAGCGGGGACUGAUGGAGAAGGCUGAUGGCCACCUCCACCCAUGAUUCCUUCGUCCCAGGUCAGGACGACGGCCGGUGGGUGGACCCUGUCUCUGUCUCCCACUCCCCCCAGCUUCCGAUCUCCAGGAGGUUCAGGACCUCUGUCAUCAGCAGCCCCCUGCACUCCCCACCCUGCUGAGGUGCCCACGGAACGCGCUGGUACUGAACAAAGGUGGCUCUUAUUUUCCACAAGAGCCCAGAAAAUCUCUGAGCACGUGAAGGGCCUGAGAAAGAAUUAUUUUUUUAGGACCUUCCCCGGUGGUCCAGUGGUUAAGACUUCACCUUCCAAUGCUGGGCAAGGGGUGCAAGUUCAACCCCUGGUCAGGGAGAUAAGAUCCCACAUGCCUCGUAGCCAAAAAAACCAAAACAUAAAACGGAAGUCACAUUGUAUUGAGGUUGGUGCAAGAGUACCUGUGGUUUUGCAUUGUUGACCUCAGCUGUUUGAUACUGGAAUACAUUCUUAAAUAAAUGUGGUUAGAUUAUGCUGUUGUUCAGACUCUAAAUCAUGUCUGACUCAUUGGAGCUGAUCCUCUUACAACUACACCGGACGUUGUCAGAUAACUCAGUGUCAAUGAGUUAAUGUCAAUGUCAACUCAAUGCUAUUCUAUGGUCAUUCGGCACUUGAAGCAAAUCGGAAAGGUGAAAAAGCUCAGUAAGUGGGUGCCUGGUGAUCUGACCCAAAUCAAGAAAACAGUUUUUGAGGUGUUGUCUUCUCUUAUUCUAUGCAACAACCAUGAACCCUUCGUUUCUCUACUGGAUUGUGAUAUGUGAUGAAAAGUGGAUUUUAUACAACCAGCGACAACCAGCUUCAGUGGCUGAACUGAGAAGAAACUCCAAAGCACUUCCCUAAAACAAGCUCGCACCAAACAAAGGUCAUGGUCACUGUUUGGUGGUCUGCUGCCAGUCUGAUCCACUACAGCUUUCUGAAUCCUGGUGAAAACGUUACAUCUGAGAAGUAUGCUCAGCAAAUUGAAGAGAUGCACCAAAAACUGCAGUGCCUGCAGCCAGUGUUGGUCAACAGAAAGGGCCCGAUUCUUCCCCACAACAACGCCUGACCGCACAUCGCACAACCAGGGCUUCAAAAGCUGAACAAAUUGGGCUACGAAGUCUUGCCUCAUCUGCCGUAUUCACCUGACCUCUCACCAGCCCACUACCACUUCUUCAAGCACCUUGACAACUUUUUGCAGGGAAAACUCUUCCACAACCAGCCGGAGGCAGAAAAUGCUUUCCAAGAGUUCGUCAAAUCCUGAAGCACAGACUUUUAUGCUACAGGAAUAAAAAAAAGUUACUUCUCAUUGGCAAAAAUAUGUUGAUUAUAAUGGUUCGUAUUAAUGAUUAAGAUGUGUUUGAACCUAGUUGUGAUGAUUUAAAAUUCAUGGUUCAAAACUGCAGCUUUUUCACCAACCUACAUAACAAAUGUAAUAAAGACUUUAAAAAU